AUGACCGGCAACACUCCCGACCGAGGGCCCCAAGUUCCCCCGGGGGGUCGAGAUACACCACAGGCCGGUGGCCAUAGGCAGCACCGGCACUGGGUCCCAGCCCCUUACACACCCAUGGAGGGUUUGACUCCCCCAUGGGCUUUCAGGGGUUCCGCGCCUCCGACCACGCGGAUACUGCAGGGGGCGGCGCCACCCGGGGGGCCCCACGGACGGUUGGGACGGGGCAGCCGCUCCCCUACCCCGCCUUACCCGCCGUGGCGACCAGCACGCCCCCACACCGGACUGGCCGGAUCUGGGGGGCAAGCGCCGUCCCGGUGGUUGCCGCUUCGGAAGGGGAAACGGUCGCGGACCACCACCGGGUACCCAAACUCUCGCCGCCAGACCCCGACCUCGGAAUACGUCCGAGCGGCUCUGACGGCUGGCAGCGGCGGGGGACCACCAACGGGGAAGACCCCCCGUUGGGGACACCCAACCGCUGCAUCCUCCGUCGCACCGACCCCGCCUCGGAAACGUCCGAGCGGCUCGAUGCGACCCGGGCCGGCAGUCCGGACAAGUCCGGUCACCCGGAUAUCUCCGGAUGAGUCAUCUGCCGACCCGUCCCCUCCUCCUACUUGGCGCGUAUCCCGGGGUCACACCCCGGGCUACGCGCCAAGUCGAGUUGCGUCGAAUGGCGUUGGUCCCGAGUCUCUAGGACCAACCUCCGCCGAGUUUGUCUUCAACGACCUCACCGACAACACCGAGUUGGAGAUCUCCGAAUCAAAUUGGGACAUCAAUUAUCAUCCUGAUGAGUCGUCUAACAGCGGUUCGACGACCACCAGCACAGCCUCUAUAGAGGAUGUGUCGGAUUCGGAUGACUUCGGUGACUUCGAAACCGACACGGAGGAGGACACCUCUUCCGACAGCGAGGAGCCGCCGAUUAAGAGAGCCCGCCUCGAUCAACCGUAG